AAAAUAUAUCUCAAAGUCUACUAUAUAACGUGAAAUUAUGGAKGAAGGAAGCAUUGGAUUCAAAGUGAUCUUCGCGGUUCUGAUAAUUAUAACCAUCGCUGGAAAUACUCUGGUUUGCCUUGCAGUACGUCGCUUUCCAUUCAUGAAAACACCAAUGAACUACCUUCUUGUCCAUCUUGCUCUAUGCGACAUGUUAACAGCGCUUUUUCUUUUCCCUCGGUUUGUUCUGUUGGGAUUUUACCAGCAUCCAAGCGGUCCUCUGGGAGACUUCCUUUGCAAAUUUGUAACUAAUGCAAGUUUGUCGUGGAUGACAACAUUUGCAGGUUUAUAUACUCUAGUCGUCAUUGCCUGUGAGAGAUAUAACGCGAUAAUGAAGCCACUUGCUCCAAGGUUCUCCAACACGAGGCUCAAGGUGGUCAUUGGAAUAUGCUGGUUGAUAGGCUUCCUGGUUUGGCUUCCAACGGUUGUGUCUGUUGCUUACAACCCUCCUACMCAGUCUUGUGAAAUGUUUUGGAAAGUCCCAAAUGGUGCCAAGRUAGACUGCCUUCUCUUUCUAAUCUUAGGCACAAUUGCGCCGUCUCUCAUCAUGGUCUUCCUUUACAGUAGAAUUGUACGAAAACUGUGGUGCUCUAUACAAGACAGAGAUUCAGAUGUUGCCCAAAGAUCACUUCUGAGUGCGCGCAAGAACAUAACGAUGUCCCUCAUUGUAGUGACUAUUGUGUUUUACGUUUGUUGGGUUCCCAAUACAAUGUAUUACUUCAUUAUCACAUUUUUCUCAGAAGCAGAUCCGUUAGAGUACCUUCACCUUACCACGCAUAUCUUACACAUUUUGAACUCCUGCACCAAUCCCUUUAUAUACGCACUUAGAGACGGCAGGUUCAGGAGAUGUAUUUGGUGUCUACUUUGCGCAAAUGGAAGAAAAAUUGAUCCUCGGCAAGGGAACAUUUUAAUGAAUCGCAUUCCACCAGCGUAGACCAAAAUAAAUAUUGGAAUGUAUUUGAAUGUGUAUAUAUACUAACAUUGGUCGGUUUCAAUACUGUGUCGGCGCAUCAAGUUAUGUGAUUAGACUAGAGAGGCGCUUAACUUUCAAAGUGCUUCGUCUUUUGGAAUAAUUCCGAGUUCCCGUCUCCCAGGUUUUAAUUUUAGUGAUGAAAGAACCCGCCAAGUGUGGUCAGGGCUCCACAAUCCUACUGUAUGGAGCACAUGGAAUACUGAACAAAAUUUCAGAGAAAGAAGGGAAAUUCUUUACAAUUUUGU